GGCCAGGAAAAUAAAAUGAAACAAAGAAAUAGAUGUUGAAAUGUUCAUUAUCAUCGAUUUCUUUUGUGUGUCUCUUAUUUCUAGUAUUUAAAUAUAAGGGUCAGAAAUAAUACAAAAGGAAUUGCAUACUUCUAAAGUAAAUGCACAUCUGAUUCUUACGCUAAAACUAGAAAAUCAUCACUGAAAAUUCCCGUCACUUUUUCAAAAUGGCGAAUCUUCUUUUUUGAAGAGCAUUCUAGGGACCUGUCAUUAUCCACGGCUCUCAGGGACAGAACUCUUCAAAAAAGAAGGCUGGGAAAGGCGACCAAAUUCAUGGAGAAAUUUUCCUCCAAAUAAAGGCGAUUUAAGUCUAAAUAUACAAAAUGGGGACGUCAAAUCCCAUGCUGUCAAAGAUGAUACAAGACGCCAUCUUGAAACUAUGUACUCAAAACAUGACGUUUCAAAAUUCUCUUGAAAUUGAUGGUAUUAUUUGUGUGUCAAGGGGAGAGACUACACAUGAUGUUGUGAUUAAAAUGCACAGAACGAUAGUAAAGCCACCAGAUAGUUUGGAUGCACGAACUCCACGUUGGAUGGAUAGUGCUAAACUUAAUGCAGCUUUAAAGGACAUGAAGUUCCCAAAAAUUCCAAAACCUCAUCCAACCACAGGUUCUGUGAAUCAUCGAGAGAUAAUGGCAAAGUUAUCCCGUGACCCACCACCAAGUAAACAGGCACAAGAACCAUCAAAAACUGAUGCUACACAAUCAACUCCUGGUGGAGAUAUCAAAGAUGAAAAAGAAAAACCAAAUAACAAACGCAAAAGUGAAUCUCAAACCGAGAAUGGAACGGAUGAACCUAGUGAAAAACAGUCAAAAUCAAAUGAUGAUGUUGAAAUCAAGGAGGAACCAAUACAGUUAGAACUAGAAGAAGACGACUAUGAUGAUGGAGAUGAUGGAGCAGAUACAUAUGGAGGUGCAAGUUGGAUGGGUGGGGAUGAUAGUAAUGAAGACCUACCCCCUGGCAUGACUCACCAAACAGCAGCUUUUCUCCAGUCCAUGAAGUCACAAAUGAUUGGAUUCGGCACUGAUUAUAGCGAAUAUGGUGACCUUCCAGGCUGUUAUAGAGUGCAGAUACCCAAGCGUUAUGGUGAAGUUUUGCAGCUGCAGCCACGAUCAACCCCCAAACGGUAUAUGGCAUAUGGAGAACUUCCUGAAUGUGUGAGACCCCAAACUCCAAAGCAACUAGAGUUAUUCCAGAUGACCGAGAUCCCUAAACAUCUGAAAGACCAAGCAAUCAACAUGUAUGCUUCAAAGGGCCAGUAUAAAGCGACUAGAGAUCUGAUCAACAACUUGUUCACUAAUCAAGAACUCCUAUAUGCAUCCAAAGGGAAAGGAGGAAUCGUUACCUUUGAUGAGCUUGGGCCAAGACUUGACCUGAUAAAAGCAUUCAUGGCUGAAACAUUUGGAGUACCAUACAAGUUUGUUCACACUGUUGCACACCAACGUCAUAGAGAGGUGAAGCGCUAUGCUAAGAAGUGCAGUGAAGGGCAAACAUCUGCAACAGAUUCAAGUACAGCUGAAACAACCACUGGUGCUGGUAAUUCAAGCUUCAAUGAAGGAGACAGUAUGCAACAAAAUGACACUUCUGAUAUAGCACAAGAUGAAACAACAGAUGAGCAAACAAAUCCAAUCUCCUCUCACAAUGAUGGACUUGAUUCAAUUAAAACAGAAAAUGAACCACAGGAUGCUAAAAUGGACGAAUCUGGUGAUGGACCAACAUGUUCAAGUUCACCUCGUAGUGCUCCGUCGGAACCUGAUGUUAAAGAGAAGGUUAAAAAACCUAAAGGAAGACCAGGAAGAAGGAAUAAAAUAACACCAAAAAUAAGGCCUACUGAGGGAGGAAAUGUUCCACCUAACUCUAGAAUAAUGGAGAGAACAAGCACACCAUCUAAAGCAAAAUCUGAGAGAGCAACUGAUUCUAGAUCAGUGGAAAGGGCAACAAUGUCACCUCGAUCAAGAUCAACUGAGAGUGAACACAUGUCACCAAGAUCAAGUGAACGUGCAAACUUAUCUCCAGGCGCGAGACCACUGGAAAAAUCAAAUAUGUCACCUGAUUCAGGGACUGUGGAUAGAUCAAACCCAAUGAACACACCACCAAGGUCUGUAGAAAGACCAAAUAAUGUGAGCACACCUCCAGACUCAAUGUCAUUAGACAGGCCAAGUGGCAUGAAUACACAGCAUGAUUCACAGUCCAUGGAAAGAGGAAACACUCCACAUGAUUCGAGAUCCAUGGAAAGAUCAAGCAUGCAACAUGAUUCAAGAUCAAUGGAAAGAUCAAGCAUGCUAUCAAAUGAUCCAAGGUCAAUGGAGAGAUCGAGCAUGCUACCAAAUGAUCCAAGAUCAAUGGAAAGAUCAAGCAUGCAGCAUGACCCAAGAUCAAUGGAAAGAUCAAGCAUGCUGCCAAAUGAUCCUAGAUCAAUGGAAAGAUCAAGUAUGAUGCCAAGAUCAUAUGAAAGCAUGAACAUGCCACCAAAUAGCAGGCCAGGUGAGAGAGAAAACAUGCCUUUAAUACAUAGGCAUUUUGAACAACCAGGAAUGCCUCCAAGUCCAAGACUAGGUGAUCGAUCAAACAUGCCUCCUAGCCCAAGGUUAUAUGACAGACUAAACAUGCCUCCUAACCCUAGGUUUGAAGGUGACAGGCACGAUGCAUCACCUAAUUCACGAAUGUAUGAGAGAGGAAAUAUGCCACCUAUUCAUGAUCGAAUGAAUAUGCCCACUAACCAAGGCAUAGAUAAUACAAAUCCACCACCUAACUCUGGUUUUAAUAAGUCCCCAAAUUCUGAAGAAUCUCCAAAUUCUGGCCUGGUUGAGUCUCCAGUCGAUUCUCCAAACCCACGAUUCACAGAAAUGGUCAACGUUCCACUAGAAUCUAACCGAAUGGAGAAUGUACCUAUGGAGCCUCCUCCAUUUGCAAACCCUAACCAGUACAUGGAUAGAAACCAACCAAUUGGUCAAGGACCAGGGCCAGGCCCAAACCAGUUCCUGCCAAACCCUAACCAGCACAUGAACGCAAACCAGUAUAUGGAUCCAAAUCAACAUUUAGAUGCUAACCAGUAUAUGGGUCAAAACCAGUAUAUGGAGGGGCACCAGUAUAUGGAUUCCCAACGCUAUAUGGAUCCCAAUCUGAGAUAA